CAAGGCAAUCAGGGACAGGGCAACGCAUACGGAAACCAAGGCAAUCAGGGAGAGGGCAACGCAUAUGGCAACCAAGGCAAUCAGGGACAGGGCAACGCAUAUGGAAACCAAGGCAACCAAGGACAGGGCAACGCAUAUGGCCAACAAGACCAGCAGUAUCAACAGCAACAACCUCCACCGUAUCAGCAGCAGCAGCAACCUCCACCUCAACAGCAAUCUAACAAUGUAGUCGUGGUACAACAACAACCAGUCCAACCUCAACCGCAGACAACUGUCGUGAUUCAACAACAACCAGCACAACAGCAACAAGAACCUAUACGAGAACAACCAGCUCACGCAGUGGUCCAUAAGAACCAGUAUGGACUAAUUGAUUUCCAGCAGGGUCUAUUUGGCUGUUUUAAUAACUGCAGCCUCUGUGUUCUAACGCUGUUCUGCCCAUGCUAUGUGUCCGGCAAGGUUGCGGAGUCUGUCGGGGAACAUUGCCUGAUCUACGGCAUUGCCUCCGUCGUACCUCUCUUCUCGUGGUACUUCAUGGCCGACGCCAGGGGAAAGGUCAGAAACCUUAAAGGAAUCAAGGGUUCAUUUACACAGGAUUACAUCUACGUCAUCUUCUGUCCAUGUUGUUCUCUCGUUCAGAGUUCUAGGGAAAUGCGGGGAGAUGAAGUCUGCCAAGCCCAAUCAAUGGCGAGGGAGUGAAUCUAACCAUUACGAAGCUAUGUGCCAUAAUGUAUUAUAGAUCUAAUGAACUGUGCGACCAUUGAACUUUGUCAAUGUAUUUGAUAUAAUAUAGUUUCGUCAACUUUUGGAGUCUUCGCAUUUUGAAACAACUGCGAAGCUGUUCGUUGUCCUGGGAGCUUACGGCAUCGUCGGUUCAUCACGCUCAAUCACUACGUUCUACGAGGAUAGGUCCGAAGCUUGAUGAAGCAAGAUGGGCUUAUACGGGCCCACUUUCAGAUGAUCUAACUACACAUAUAUGAAUACCAUUAUCUUUUUGGUGGACUGCGAAUUCAUAACGGAUUCUAAACAAUUUGAUUUAAAAUUCAAAGGAGUAUGGGAUGCAAACAUCAUGCACACCCUGUACCAGUGUAUAUCAAAUUAAUUAAAGUAGAUCUUCCAUUCAAUAUAUUUAUUAUAACAUGUAAAUAUUAUAUCUUACGUGUAUCAAGUAAAAAUACAACUACGACAUAAAGAAAUUCUAAAAUUACACUCCGGUCAAAAA